AUCAACCUUUAUAUCCUCUGGCAGUGGAUGCGUGUGACUCCAUUGUUGUGCUCUAGAGCUUUCACAGACUGACGACGCCUUUUGGAAAGUUUUAUUUUUUUUUUUUUUUGGUUUUCCUUCCUUCCAAGUCUUGCUGGUUUUCCCACGACGAUGAAAGGGCAGUUUGUCUACUUCCUGUCCUGGACGCUUCACUUCCUGUCCCGCCCCUCCCUCCCAGAAGCCUGCACCACCGGCACUCCCGCAGAGUGCGAAGAAGCCGAGUUUGUGCCGGGCUACAACCUCGCUGGAGAAGGGUUCGACAUCGUGAAGAUGGAACGCAAGGGAGCGUACGUCAUCGACGUCAACAACUGGAAGAGAAAAGACGGGACCUGCACCCUCUGCAAGAACCCCUUUCUGGACAACGUUGCUCAGAAGCUUCCUGUGACCGUGGUGGACUGGCGUCUCCUUCCUAAGUGCAGCUCGAAGAUCUCCAGCACCGUCCACCAAUCGAGCGAGUCCCUCGUCAACACCAGCACGUCUUCCAUAGAGAACGACUGGAAGCUCGAUCUGGAAAUCACCACAAAUAAGGUGUCGGGGAAACUGAUGCUGGCGGGAUCCCAUUCCAGGCUGGCAGAGUACUCCAUGGAGAAGACCAAGGGCGAUAAGUUCAGCUUCACCAGCCACGAGACCUCCUGCAGAUUUUACAGUUACAGGGUAGUGGAUGAACCCAGACUCCACCGAGAGUUUGGACGCACCGCGAAAAAACUCCCAAAAAACUACAACGGCCAGACCAAGCAGUUGUACUACAAACUCAUCGACACUUACGGAACGCACUAUAUCAAAAAGGUGCAGCUGGGCGGCAAAGUGAAAAGUAUCACUUCUAUCAAGACCUGCAAAGCCGCGCUGGAAGGACUGACCGUGAACGACGUGAAGGACUGCCUUGAUGUGGAAGCCUCGGCCACUGUGAGCGACAAGGGCGAGGUGUCCGCCAAAGUCCACCACUGCCAGGAGCUGAAGAAGAAGAGCAACAACAAGCAGAGCUUCCACGACUCCUUCAACGACCGGCAGACCGAGAUCACUGGGGGCAAAGCCACCUCCGGUGACCUCCUUUUCUCCACCGCCACGGACCCCAGCGCUUACCAGGAGUGGAUGGAGAGCUUGAAGACCACCCCGGACAUGGUCUCCUACGCCCUGGAGCCCCUGCACAAUCUGAUUCGCUUCAAAGGCCCCGUUAAGGAUAACCUGAAAAAGGCCGUGGUCCAUUACAUCUUGGAAAAGGGGCUCCUGCGAACCUGCUCCGGAAAAUGCGACACGGGAGCCCGGAGCAACCUGGGAGACACGUGCUCCUGCGUGUGUCACAGCGGCGCGGGCGUCAACAGCAUGUGCUGCCCGACUCAGAGGGGGCUGGCCAAGCUGACGGUGAAGGUCGCCCGGGCCGAGAACCUCUGGGGGGACUACCAUGGUCAAACGGACGGGUUUGUGAAGGUCAUCUUGGGGAACAGGGUGGAGAGGACCUCAAUCGUGCACGAGAACAACAACCCGCGCUGGAAUCAGAUUUUCGAUUUCGGGAGCGUCACCCUCACCAUGGCCACGGAGCUGAAGUUCGAGGUCUGGGAUGAAGACAACGGGUGGAAUGACGACCUUCUGGGAAGCUGCUCUUGGAAGCUGGAGAAAGGGUUCAAGGAGAACCUGUGUGCCCUGAAUCACGGGAAUAUCUUCUUCUCUUACACCCUGGAGUGCGGACCCAGCUUGGGAGGCCCGACCUGCGGGGAGUACAUCUCGACCCCAAUGAGCGCCGGGCUGAUGAAGAGUCACGUGUCGAGGAACGCCAGGAGAGUUCCUCAGGAGAUGCUAGUGUCCAUGGGAGUCGUGUUUCCCAGCCUUUCUCCUUUCCCUUCCAACACUAGCAUGAGCGAGAAAGUAAAUGAAGAACCGCCGAGGAAAGUUUAGUGGGAAAGUUAGGGGUUUCUCCUCAAGUUUUUGAGUCCCAAGUUAGCCUGUCAAGGAUCAGUUUCGUAGCUGGUUUCACAGACCCCAAUUCGUGCUCAUCUUGGACUAUCCAAUGUUCUUAUUCUUCUUUAUUACUAUUAUUAUUAUUAUUAUUAUUAUUAUUAUUAUUAUUAUUAUUAUUAUUAUUAUUAUUAUUAUUAUUAUUAUUACUACUAUUAUUAUUAUUAUUUAUUUCUUAGCAGACGCCCUUAUCCAGGGCGACUUACAAUUGUUACAAGAUAUCACAUUAUUUUUACAUACAAUUCCCCAUUUAUACAGUUGGGUUUUUAGUGGAGCAAUCUAGGUAAAGUACCUUGCUCAAGGGUACAGCAGCAGUGUCCCCCACCUGGGAUUGAACCCACGACCCUCCGGUCAAGAGUCCAGAGCCCUAACCACUACUCCACACUUCAUCAUCAUCAUCAUCAUCAUUAUUAUUAUUAAUAUUAAUUAGACAUUCAGCGGACACUUUUAUCCAAAGCGACUUACAGAGACUAGGGGGGUGAACUCUGCAUCAUCAACAACUGCUGCUGCUGCUGCUGCUGCAGAGUCACUUCCAAUAGGAGCUCGUUUGUUUGACGUCUCAUCUGAAGCAUUGAGAACGAAACAGCUGAGUAAUACAGAUCUGUAAUAACACAUUCUGAGAACCGACCACAUUAUUAUAGAAUCAUCACAGCCAUGUAAUAUUUGAUAUAUAGGAUUUGAAAUAAGUAAAUGAAAUCGCUGUAAUGUUCCUGUACUAUGAGACUCUGUGCCUUUUAGUCAUAGUUUUUGCUACAAUAGGGGGAAAUCAGUUAGCUAGGUUAAGCUAGUCGUAGAUCAGCACUAAUCUAGGAAACUCGCUUCUAAAACUGAUCCUUGAAAGGCCGUUGAUACAGUCAUAAAGAGAAGCGCCAUGUGAUCAUUUUCUAUGAAGGGAAUAUAUAGAACUGUCGAAUCAAUUUUCAGAAAUGUCAUUUAUUUUCAAGCAAGCCACGCAGGGUGAGCAAGACCCUUCAACGAAAUUGAUUUCAGCAAGACAGACGAUAACAAAAUCAUUAAUCUACAAUUGGGCUUUGAAAUAUGUUUUAAUAAAUAUCACUGCAUCAGGAGAGGAGAAUGUUUUUUUAUAUAUUGUGUACAGUUUAUAUAUCUAUAUUUUUUAAACAUAUAUAGUUCCUAUUGUGUGGUUUUUUCUAAUAUAAAUAUUUAAUAUUUUAAAGAUUGUAUUUAAAGGGGCACAUUAUGUAUAAUUUACACUUUGCUAAUAUUUACUUUUUCACCUGGGUAAUAUUCUCUAGCGUGUGUGAAACGUUGAGUGUUCUUGCCUUUCUGUGCACAUAUAUUCCUGUAUCAAU